AGCGCGCGGCCCCGCCGCCAUUUCGCUGCCCCGGAAGCGCUCGCGCGUCCCCCCCCCCCCCAUCCCGUGCCCGGCGGAACAUGGCGGCCGUGUCUGUGCUGCGCGCGCCCGCCGGCGGCUUCAGCUUCGACAACUGCGCUCGGAACUCGCUCCUGGAGGCCGAGCUCGCCCAGAAGGGGCUGCGGGUGCCCGCGCCGCGCAAGACCGGCACCACCAUCGCCGGCGUCAUCUUCAAGGAUGGCGUCGUCCUCGGAGCGGACACGAGAGCGACUGAGGGGAUGGUUGUUGCUGACAAGAACUGUUCGAAAAUACACUUCAUUUCCCCUAAUAUCUACUGCUGCGGUGCAGGCACAGCUGCAGACACUGAGAUGACAACUCAGCUGAUCUCCUCCAACCUGGAGCUGCACUCCCUGUCCACGGGCCGGCUCCCACGAGUGGUCACCGCCAACAGAAUGCUCAAGCAGAUGCUGUUCAGGUACCAGGGCUACAUCGGGGCCGCGCUGGUGCUGGGGGGAGUGGACGUGACGGGCCCCCACCUGUACAGCAUCCACCCCCACGGAUCCACCGACAAGCUGCCCUACGUCACCAUGGGUUCUGGAUCGCUCGCGGCCAUGGCAGUGUUUGAAGAUAAAUACAAGCCAGACAUGGAGUCUCGAACAGAGAAUGCAACUAAAAGUCUUCAUAUGCUCCUCAUUUUUGUAAUGCAGCUGCUGUGGGUCCUUUCCUCCCCUGAAGUGCACUGUGGUUUCAGCCUCCUGUGUGACUGUGCACUUGGCAUGUGUGCCAUCCAUGAAAACAUGGACUGCAAAUCCCUGGAAGCAGCAGCUCCAGCACAAUAGUCCUCUCUCCAAGAUACAAAUGGCAAAGAGCUGUGCUGUGGGACUAAAGUUUUCAUUUAUUCCCAGCUAGCUUUCAAGCUUAGAUUUUAAGUCAUUUCUUGUGUAAGAGCAACCGAAAAAGGCACCAAAAACUGGUAAAUCUCUAAAUUUUCCUAUUUAGAAAGGUCAUCCUCAUUAAACUGUCUUCACACACAACCAUAAGUGGCAGCAGAUAGUCACUUAUAACAAGCAUGUAGAAAUGCAGCCUACCAAUUUGUUGAAAUAGAUAUUUAGAUCUUUGGGACUUGCAUGCACCUUAACCCUUCCAGGUUUUCCUGGAUAAUCUGUUAUCUAAUAACAGUUCAGGAAUUGUGUUAACCAAACCAGCAAAGUUUCAUGUGAUAAAGUUCAACGGUACUCUUAAACACUUCCUCAUAUUCUGUUAUGGCUGGGAGUUUGUAUUUACAUUCUAAGUCAGAUGUGGGAUUUUUUUUCUCCAAUAAAUAAAUAAAAUAACAAAUAUUUCUAUUGAAAUUAAUCCAAAUUAAAUCUGAAACAUGCUAUGUAUAUUUUACAUAAAGCUGGCUACGAAAUGGCAAUGAAGAUAAAAUUGCUGGAGAUUCAGUUAAUAAAAUUGGUAGAAAAUUA